ACGAGAGUAUCGACCGUGGGCACCGAGUUUUUCCAGCAAAUUCUACGGAGAUCGAUUUGCGCCGGGGCCACGAUCCACGAUUGUGUGGGAAGGUCGAUCCGCACACCGACCAUAACUAUAUACGCACACGGUUGUUUCGAAUCAGCCGGCUACGCGUGUUGGAGGGUUCAUCAGGACCUCAGGUCGGAACGAAAUUUCACGCCGCGUUGUAACGCACACCUGUUCCCAUUUCCGCAAAUCAGUCAUUUCCUCCCGUCAUUAACAUUCGCGCAUUAACAUUACGUGUCGAGAAAGUUCGGCGCGGAAGGAAGCACGCCAGACACGGUUGGAUCGUCGCCGCGGUUUGGAGUAGCUCUUCAAUCAACUCGUCUCACCGGAUCCUCUUCUCCUUCGUCCGCAGAGAAUGGCCGAGGUGGAUUUGUCUCCCGCACAGGACCGCGGCGUGUUGAAGGAGAUCAUCAAGGAGGGAGCAGGAGAUGCGACUCCCACGGCCGGCUGUAAGGUAAAGGUCCACUAUGUCGGCACCCUGCUGGACGGCACGCAGUUCGACUCCAGCAGAGACAGGGACAAGUCGUUCAAAUUCAACCUCGGAAGCGGCAACGUCAUCAAAGGAUGGGACAUCGGCGUCGCCACCAUGAAGAAGGGCGAGAUCGCUACGCUGACGUGCGCUCCCGAAUAUGCCUACGGCAACAACGGUAGUCCACCGCUGAUCCCAGCCGAUGCCACGUUAAAGUUUGAAAUCGAAUUACUCGAUUGGAGCGGAGAAGAUCUAAGUCCGAAUAAAGAUAAAGGCAUUGAGAGAUUCCAGAUUGUCGCUGGCCAAAGCUAUACCAAUCCGGAGGAAGGUAGCAGUGUAAAAAUACACUUGGUUGGAAAGUACAACGAUCAAGUGUUUGAAGAUAGAGAUGUAGAAUUUGUCCUUGGGGAGGGAGAAGUCGCGGGAAUUAUAGAAGGUGUAGAAACGGCGCUGCAGCGCUUUUUGAAGGGCGAGAAAUCUAGGUUGCUAAUUAAAAGUAAAUACGCGUUUAAGGAAAAAGGAAAUUCGGAAUAUAAUAUUCCGCCGAAUGCGGACGUGGAGUACGAAGUGGAAUUACAAAACUUUGAGAAGGAGACGAGUGUAUGGUCGAUGAAGCCGUUGGAAAAGUUAGAACAAGCAAAGAUGCAGAAAGAAAAAGGAACGAAGUACUUGACGUCCGAUAAAAUUAAUUUAGCCAUAAAAGUGUACCAGAAGGUCUUCAAGUACUUAAACGAUGAGUCGGGUUUCGAGGACGAUCUCAAAAAGGAGAAGGACAGCCUCCUCGUGGCGGCCCACUUGAACCUCGCUCUGUGCUACUUGAAAACCAAUGAAAACCUCCUGGCCAGGGACGAGUGUGCCAAAGCCUUAGAGCUGGAUCCGCAGAAUGAGAAGGCUCUGUUCAGAAGAGGACAGGCGCAUCUCGGGCUCGCAUCGCCCGAAAUCGCUAUUACCGAUUUCCAGGAGGUUCUAAAAGUACAGCCGAAAAACACGGCCGCGUCUAAACAAAUUUUAAUCUGUAAUUCUCUUAUUAAGAAGCAAUUAGCUAAAGAGAAGAAACUUUACGCGAACAUGUUCGAUAAGUUUGCGCAGGAAGAUAAACAGAAGGAGGAGCAAAAACUGAAGGAACUGCCCGACGUGAUGCACGGGACGCUGGGAGAAUGGGGACAGGAAGAAAGACCCGGUGGCAGAGACGCGACUGCCUUCGAAAAGGAAAACCCUAACAUACUCAUGCUCAACGCUAAUGGUUCUGGUGAAUUCAAAAACAUGUAAACAAUAGUCCUCUCUCCCCUUUCCCUUUCGUUACACUGCCCCGCGUAACUGCCGAAAUGAAUUGAGGUCUCGUCAAUCUUUAGUUUUCAGUGCCUUCUGUAAGUACUGCUUUGUCUCUUACGAAAAAUAAAAAAUUGCAUAUUAUAUGCUAGCGUAUAUUGAAACAUUAUUAAGUGUUUAAUUUUAGCAUGCAGAAAAUUUAUAUGGAUCGAUAAUAGUUUCUUGUUUAAUACUUAAUGCACGUGAGUGUAUUAAUUAUAAGAACUUUUUUAAAAUUACUACCUUUCAAUCUUGAGAAGGUAAAGAAAGUAGUUUAUGUUGUGAAUUUUUUAAGACACCAUUUUAUUAACGCAGUACGAUUUUUAAGAAAUGUGGCUACGCGUUACGUCUACUUCAGUAGUUGAUCCCCGAUCUCAUUAAUUUCUGACUUCUGUAAUUAUGCGCGUUAAUUAAGUCAUUGUAUACUUCAAAGUAUAUCAUUCCAUUUAUAAUAUAGUGCCAUUGUUUAAAUUUUAAUACGUCAAUCAUUACUAUGUAAAUUGUAGAUCUAGAAAAUGUUCAUUUAUAUAUAUAUACACACAUACACAUCUAUACAGUCUCCGUGAAUGAAUGCGCAUAUAAUCAGAAGUAAGAAAAAAAUUUGUACAUCAGUGUAAAGGAUAUACGUAAAAUUGAUUAUAUGCACAAUUGUAUAAGAAUAACGUAGCGAUAUACAUUUCUUUCCUACGCCAAGUGUACUGAAAUGAAUGUAUGUUCAACACAACAAGAUUAGAAAAGAAACAUUGCAGAAUUAAAUAAAAAACAGUCUGACGAAAA